ACUUCCGGCAGCGAGGUAUUUUCUUUCCGGUUGUUGGCUCCUGCCGGCCCCACCCCGACUGGGCCCUGCGCCCCCCCCGCCCCCCGCGGCCCCCUGCCGCCGGGCCCGCCGCCACCAUGAAGAAAUUCUUCCAGGAGAUCAAGGCUGACAUCAAGUUCAAGAGUGCGGGGCCUGGUCAGAAGCUCACGGAGUCCGUGGGGGCUCAUCUUCUAGUGGGGAGAGAUGGACAGCUCAACCAGGACACGGGUGGUGACAGAGCAGUCGGUACUCAGGGCCACGAAGAAAAGGAGAGGGCCCCCAGAGGGAAACCCAACCAGCCCGCGCUCCAGCAGCCCCGCCAGGGACCCACCAGCGAGGCCCAGAUGGCAGCCGCGGCAGCCCUGGCCCGGCUCGAACAGAAGCAGCCCAGGGCCCGGGGCCCCACGUCGCAGGAGUCCAUCCGGAACCAGGUGAGAAAGGAACUUCAAGCCGAAGCCACUGUCAGCGGGAGCCCAGAGGCCCCAGGGACCAACAAGGUGCCUGAGCCCAGAGAGGAGGGCUCGACCCACCUGGCAGUGCCCGCCGUGUGCUUCACCUGCCCGCUCACGGGGGCCACGCUCAGGAAGGACCAGCGGGAUGCGCACAUCAAAGAGGCCAUUCUCUCGCACUUCUCCACCGACCCCGUGGCUGCCUCCAUCAUGAAGAUCCACACGUUCAACAGAGACCGGGACAGGGUGAAGCUGGGUGUGGACACCAUCGCCAAGUACCUGGACAACAUCUGCCUGCACCCCGAGGAAGAGAAGUACAGGAAGAUCAAGCUGCAGAACCGCGUGUUUCAGGAGCGAAUUAACUGCCUGGAAGGGACCCACGAGUUUUUUGAGGCCGUCGGCUUCCAGAAGGCCCUGCUUCCGGUGCCCGAUCAGGAGGGCCCCGAGGAGUUCUACGUGCUGAGCGAGGCCGCCCUGGCCCAGCCCCAGAGCCUGCGGAAGCACAAGGAGCAGCUGCUGGUCGCCGAGCCCGUGCGGGCCACGCUGGCCCGCCAGCGCCGCGUCUUCCAGCCCUCGCCCCUGGCCUCCCAGUUUGACCUGCCCGGGGACUUCUUCAACCUCACGGCGGAGGAGGUCAAGCGGGAACAGAGGCUCAGGUCCGAGGCCGUGGAGCGGCUGAGUGUGCUGCGGACCAAGGCCAUGCGGGAGAGGGAGGAGCAGAGAGAGCGGCGCAGAUACACGUACACGCUGCUGCGCGUCCGCUUCCCCGACGGCUGCCUGCUCCAGGGCACCUUCUACGCCCGGGAGCGGGUGGCCGCGCUGUACGCCUUCGUCCGGGAGGCCUUGCAGAGCGACUGGCUGCCUUUCGAGCUGCUGGCCUCGGGCGGGCAGAGGUUGUCGGAGGAGGAGAGCCCGGCCUUCGACGAGUGCGGGCUGGUGCCCUCCGCCCUCCUGACCUUCUCGUGGGACGCAGCCCUGCUGGAGGACCUCAGGGCCGCAGGGGCGGAACCGGACUCUUCUAUCCUGAAACCGGAGCUCCUGUCGACCAUCGAGAAGCUCUCGUGAAAUAAAAGCAGGGUUGGCUUUA